GAAAGAUUUAUAAGAAAGAAAUGAUUGAUCCAACAUACAAAAAUACUAAUAGUUCAGGGACAACACUGCAACUUGUUCAAUUGUUCCAAAACAGUCGAAACCCACAGCGAUCCUUUGCCGACAAACUCACCGGAGGUAAACAUUUAUCUACAGAUUUUCUAUAAAACUACUGAAAACGCUACUUCCCAACCCAAAAGCACACAGAAAUGCUCUCCCGUUCUAAAACCCCAACACUUGAAUCCCUCUAUGUCACUCUCAAGAACAAAUUUUUCUCCACAAACACAAACCAAAAGCUUCCAAAUUUUCCAAAACUGUCCAAGAUUCCAGCAAAAUAUAGGUCCAAAGCGAUUUUACAAGCUCAAGAAGUACUCACUGAUUACUUCCAUAAUUCUAGAUCCUUACCCUUCUGUUUUGCUGAGUACAUUGGUAAAAACUCACGAUUUUCCCUUUUGGCUCUUGUUUCUAAAGUUCCAUUUUCUCGUAAUCGCUUUCCCAAUUCCAUUCAUAGGUUCUUAAGGUACCAUCCCAUUAAUGAAUUUGAGUUUUUCUUUGAGAGCAUUGGUAUAAAUCAUGUAGAAAUUAGUUCUAUGUUGCAUAUGUACAAAUGCUUCUUGUGUGAAGACUCUAAAGUUUUUGAUGCUGCUUGUGCUCUUGCUUGUUUUGGUUUCCCCUGGAAUAAAUUGUGUAUUUUGUACAAAGGGAAAGUUUCAAUUUUUAGUAAACAGCCUUAUGAAUUGGAAGAGAGGCUUUCACAUAUUGAACUAUACGGGUUUGGUAAUACUGCUGUUAUUGGUAUUUGCCUAGCUUUCCCACAUGUACUGGGUGAUAAGAGUGAAGAUGAAAUUGAUAUGCUGUUUGAUGAUUUGAAAAGGGUGUUUCUGGAUUUUGAUCUUGCAAGUUCUGUAGAGGGAAAUGUGGAUGCUUGGUUUGAGAUUUGUAGGAAAAUUGCAAUGUUUUAUGAAUUGGGUUGUGAGAAAGGGAAGAUUGGUGAAUUGAUGGGAAGGAACAAAAGCAUUUUUGUUGAUUACUCUGAAGAGGUUUUGGCUGAAAAGAUUGAUUUUUUUUGUAGACUAGAUGUGAGAAAAGAAGAGGUUGGACUUUUAGUUCUAUCGAAGCCUGAGAUUUUGAGUUUUGAUUUGGAAGUUCGUGUGAUUUCGACAGUGGGAUUUUUGAAACAUUUCGGGAUGGGUGUAAAUAAACGAAAAUUGAUUGCCCAAACAUACCAAUACGUUAUGGGUAGAAAUAGAAUAGCUAAUGUACCUCAUGUUUUGAGAUCAUUGGAUCUAAGUGAAUGGUUCUUUGACAGACUAAAAAAUGAUGGUCAUGGUCUGUUAGGUAACUAUGUUAUUGGCAGUGUUGAAGACUUUGACGAAGAUUAUGCAGGGCAUUUGCAGAAAAUUCAGGCAUCGAGAACACCCUUUCAUACCCUUCAUAAAUUAGAUUUCUUGCAUGGGAUUGGCUUUGGAGAAAACAAGCUGACAAUGAAAGUGUUGUCUCUGUUGCAUGGUCCGGGUGAUGAGUUACAGGAACGGUUUGAUUGCCUACUUCGUGGUGGAAUUAACUUUUCGACACUCUGCAAAAUGCUUACAGUGUCUCCAAAGAUUCUGAACCAGAAAGCUGAAUUUCUUGAGCAAAAACUAAAGUUUCUUUUCUUGGAUAUGGGAUUAUCUCAGGAGGAGCUUUGUGCUUUUCCAUCCUGUUUAUGUUAUGACUUGGAGAAGAGGAUAAGGCCCCGUUGCCAAUUCCAUAAGUGGCUCAGAGAACAAAAUUGGUGUCCAUAUGAAUAUUCUCUUGCAAGUAUUGUUGGUACUAGUGAUAAAAUGUUUAUGGCUCGUAUCUCUGACAUUCAUCCCGAUGCCCCUAAAAAGUGGUUUGAUAGUUUCUUGAAGGAAAAUGAGUCAAUAAGUUGCCAAGGCACAUCAGAGUGCUAAUUCUUGGUCAAUCUUUUAGAUGGUUAUCAAAUGAAAAUAUUUUGACUUGUACAUCCUUCUUGUUUUAUUGCUCUGGAUAACUCAUUGUGAGAUUUUAAAACAAUUGCGUGGCUUGCGACUGAAACGCAAGAUGUAACUGUCAUCGUUCACAUUAUAAUGAAAAGUGCAAAAUUAUCCUGAUUUAUCAGCACAAGUUUGAUCAAUGCUGUAUGAAAGAGUAAAUUUGUGUUCAUAAGUUCUGUACAAUCAGAAUUCAGAAGCAGGAAUUGUCCAAUGGCUAACAAGUUGUUUCUUUGUUUUUUCACUUUCAAAAAAUGAUAGUAGUUCCACGAUGAACAGAAGAUGGUUCAGACCCAAAGGGUUGAUAUCAAUAUCUUCUUGAGUGAUUCUGAUGAAAUGUGUUCCAAAUCAGAUUUUGUCUAACUGGAAAGAAAUGCCUUUUUGUGUUUCCAGUUGUAUCUUGCGAGUGGUACUAAGGAGAUACAUUGAAAACUACCUGCAGUUAAGUUGAUCAGUUGAAUAUUGUUAAUAUUAUGGAAUAUCAGAUGACUUCAGAACUAUAAUGCUGCUGAAAAUGUGCCUUUUACUUACGACUUUGAUAUAACAACAACAGCAACAACAACCCAGUGAAAUUCCACAUCGUGGGGUCUGGGGAGGGUAGAGUGUACGCAGACCUGACUCCUACCAAUGUAUUUGAUAUAGGUGGUUUCCUGCUUGCAAUGACUCAAACCGGCUGGGGCAAUUAAGUUUAAUUUCUAACAGAGAAGCUCUGAAGAAACGGGCGAGUCUUUUUUGGUAUCUAACUCUAACUCUUCUGUUCAUGCAUUAAUAAUAUUCGGUAUGUGGGUAUGAUGAUAACAGUCACAACAUCUGGCAAGUUCUCACUAUAUAAUUUUAUCUAUGUAAAGUAUAACUAACUAUUAAGUCACAUGUUUAAUAGUAUCUCUUUAAUGCCAAAAUCUCCCUGAAGGAUUAAUUUCACAAUUUCAAGUUGCAGAAAAGGAGUAAGAAAGGUAACAAGUUCACUUUGCCUCAUCAAUUCGUUUGCCUUUAUAAUGAUCUGUCUAAUAUUAGCAUCCUGUAUUGUAAUUAUUCUUUCUCUAGCUUGUAUUUGAAUAUGGUGAAAGUUACAGUCCCUUAGCCCUUAGGGGAAUCUGCUUAAUUGGUGAAAGUUACUACCUCCUAAGCCAGAGUGAGGGGUUCACACUUCCCACCCUCUUGAAUAUUUUGAGAUAUUGAUUACAGAAAGAGGCCCAAUGGACAUGGUAUGCACCAACCAUUUACUUCCUUUAUUUCCACUGGUUUGAAAUUGUCUCUUUUUUCCUGUUUGCUAAGGUGGUUUAAGUUGUAAGUCGAAUCCUUAUGCAUUUUUGUUUUCUGCAUCACUACUCAAUCUAUUGCUGCUAGUAGUUUAAUUUACUAGUUGAAGAUGAGAAAAUUUCAAAGAUUUGAUGAGACGAAAGAACUCUUACUCAUAAUUGAGACCCUUGUUCCGGUGAUUUAAUCAAGGUUUGUAGUACACCCGUCAUGGAUAGAACGUGGAUAUGAUAAUGAUUCUUUUCCAGUUGAAGUGCUAACUUGAAACUGGUAAAGAUCCCUAGAGAUUAACUUUGAGGUUUUAUCUCUCUGAUUGUGUUCCUUUCAUUUGUUGUUGUUGACAACUACAUCCAAAUGGAAAUACUGUACCUGCUUUAGUUUGGUAACAGCUUGUAUAAUUUUAGAAAACUUAUUUGCAAAUAGCUGUGUCUCCUGAGUCUUCGAUUUUCUGUUUCUACUGGAGACAUGGAAGUAACUAUUUUGAUCUUUGAAGAUUAGUAAAUUAUCUGUGCAUUGAUUUUCAGCUGGAUGUAAUUAGUUUUUGUUGAAACCGUUUUCUUUUAUGGAAGUCUUCAAUGCUUUGCAGCAGUUUCUGCCAUUGUUGUUGAUCUAGCUCUAUGGAUGAAGAUAACCAUCAGGUUUUAUUUUGGUUAAUCGGCUUUUGAAAGUGCUUAAACCCUGAAAACAUUUCUCUCCAUCUAAGUAUUGAGAUUGAUGUCCUCUCCUGCAUUGAACUCUCUAAUUCAAACUUUGGAGCUAUUCCAAAGUACUUAUCCAUCUUUGAUCCAUGGUCGAAUUGCAGAGAUGGUCGACUCUCUUCGUGCUAGCGCGUAAUAUUUUAAAAAUAUUCUUGAGAAGAGUAGCCACCAGAAACAUGAAUAUGAAAAAAAUCAAAGAGUUGGAGGAACAGAUGAGAGCUGCAGUGCAACAAGCUGAAGAUAUGCUUGAAUUAAACAUUGUUGAAAUUAUGUGUGAGCAGUAUCAUCAGCACGAACCAACGUAAGUUGUGGUGUAGUGGUAGACUCUUAACCAGAAGUCUUGGGUUCAAGCCUAACUAUGAAAAAAAUCAUGUUGAGAUGGGCUUUAUUAUGUACAAUUCGAGCUCCAAUGCGGGCUCUGACGAAUGACGAAUGCAAAGAGACGAAGUACAGGUCCAAGUGGACAAUUCAAAAGAAAGUUGGGCAACUGUAGCUAAAAAUGUAAAUAAGUUUGUUACUAGUAAUCCAAAUGAAUGCGUAGAUGUACACAUUUAAUAAGUUACUAAUAACCCAAAUGAAUGUCAUUUUUCA